UGGUUUAGCGAGAAUCUCCAACCUAAAGCAGACAGCUCGAAAUUCUUCUGUUUCAGUUGAUUUUUCGGUUCAGCUACACGCGCGCGUUCGGCUAGCAUAGCGUUGCUACGCAUCGAUCAAGUGGCUAAAUCUGUAUUGUUAUUAUCGGUGUCGUCGUCGUCGUCGUCGUCUAUAUCCGUGCUACCGAAUCUCGGAUGCAAUUUUUUUUUGACAGUUGACCAAAAAUUCCUUUCAUGUCGGAACUGGCACUCGAAGGAGCAUUUUUGGGAUGAUGCGUUUGUAGCGCAACCGGCUUGCUUGAAAGGAAAACGGUUUCAUUGCGCUUGUGACGGAAUCCCCCCAAAGUGUUAACGCUUUACUGCGGACUAGAAGAUUGUAGUGUUAAGACUGGAAAAAGUUUCACCGUAAAACCAUGCCAACGUGAGUGAUUGAUGGUGCAUUUGACAUUGAGCCAGGUGCUAAAGUACAUGCCAUGAAAAUUUUCCAGUUUAUAUUCGCGUAGUGACUUCAGCGUGCUCUAACAUAAAAUCAGUGAUUUAUGCUUGCCUUGAUUUGGACCGACUGACUCAGAAUACCUAUCGUAAUAGUUAGUGUUCGGCAGAAAACCGUGACCAGUGACAGCAAAAAGUGUUAAAAUUAAUCUUUUCGCAUUACCAGCAACAAAAAGCUUAACAGUGCUUCAUUAAUCAACCAAACUAAUAUAGAGUUGUGAGAACACGCGUGAUUUGCUUCGCCAGUCUCGGCAGCGCACCUCUGUCUGGAAAACGCUGCCAAGGAAAACGAGAAGAAAUUAAAAACCGCCAAGCUUGCCCAUCAUGCCCCCAGAGCUGCGAACCGCAGCUGGACGGAGAAACGCAAAAGAAACGAUUUGAAAUUUUAAACCAGAACUCGUUUUUCAAACUCAUAUUUUUUUACACGGCUAUCCCGCGCUCCACCAUCGGCUACGGAAGCUUGCAGUAAAGUGUGUUGAGAAGUGUGAAUAAAUAAAACUGCCAAGCCAACGACGCCCGUCGACGGUUAAUGGUUUUGAGUGAUUUGAAGACCCCUUGGCGGUGACAGCUGUUGAAAAGUGCGCGAAUUGUGAGAUUGCCGGUAACGAAAGAGGAAAAACACCAUUGCUAAUUAGUGUGCCAGUAGCGAGUACUGCACUAAUAGUGAAACCCUUUUGGCUUGCCCAACGCAAAGCGGAGCCGCGGUGCAAGCUGAAAACCUGCGACCGACCGAAGCUUGCUCAGCUCGGUUGCUCGGGUCGUUCGGUUCGCGACAAUGGCAGUGUCCUGCCCGGAAGUUAUGUACGGAGCAUACUACCCAUACCUGUACGGCCGUGCCGGACCCAGUCGACCCUUCUACCAGUAUGAGCGGUUCAACCAAGACCUGUACUCGACAUCGGGCGUCCCGCUGGCGGCGUCAUCCAGUACAUCCGCCGGUUCCCAUUCGCCCUGCAGUCCGCUGCUUCCGCCGUCGAUAUCGUCAAACGUAGUGGCGGCUGCGGCAGCCCAAACCUCGACACUAUCUGCCUCCACAUCCAACACUACGAUACCAACAAUCCCUCUGGGCGCACUCCAGAGGCACCUUACCAAAGAGGAAGACAUCAGCACGGCCCGAAGUGAUACGGAAGGUACCAUCCCAGGAGCCCACAACGACAGCUCCUGCUCAUCGGGGCCAGAUUCACCAAACAACCUGCACCAGGAUGGAAGCGGGGCUACCGGUGGCGUCGGUGGGGGUGGCAAUGGCAGUGGCGAAACUUCCGGUGGCGGUGGACGGGCGCAGUACUUAUCCGCCACUUGCGUGGUGGUUACCCAUUAUUCUGGCGAUGCGGCCAGUGUGGUUGACGAACACUUCUCUAGGGCAUUAAAUUUUAGCGAUAAAAAUAACAAAGAAGGUUACAGUUCCAUGUCGAGUAGAAAUUUCCCUCCCUCUUUCUGGAACAGCAACUACGUUCAUCCUACUCCUGCGCCUACACACCACCAGGUUUCCGACCUCUACUCGACCGACGGUGGAUACUCGACAGAUCCGUGGCACGCGGCCCAUUACGGUUCAUACGCCCAUGCCGCGCACGCACAUGCCGCCCACGCGCACGCCUACCACCACAACAUGGCGCAGUACGGCAGCUUACUGAGGUUACCACAGCAAUAUGGACACACGUCUAGGCUUCACCACGACCAACAAACGGCGCAUGCCCUGGAGAGUGCUGCAGCAUAUUCUAGUUAUCCCACAAUGGCAGGCCUCGAAGCACAGGUGCAGGAAUCAUCGAAGGAUUUGUACUGGUUCUAGAUAGUUAGCAAAAAUUUCGUCAAACAUGGCAGCAGACAGCAACGGAUUCGAGUUAAACUAUGGGUACAAAAUUCGAAACAAAGUCAACUUCAGCCCCUCUGGAUGUGAUGAUUGGAUGCAGAAGAAGAAAAAAAAACUCAACGGAUAGAUGAAAAAAAAUAUUAGCUCCUUUUCUCGCCCUGGCGUCGUUGACGUAGUGAAAAUCAAAAGACAAACCUUUCUACAAAACAAAUGAAGCACUUUGAAGUGAUUUUAGUGAUAUAUAAACUAAAUAAUUUAUAAUCGUACACUAUCUGUUCAAGCUAUUAUUACUGUGUAAACGGAAUUCAAUAUAAAGCAGCAUUCUUUGAGCAUCAACUGCACCAGAACCGGCAGGUGAUCAGUGAUAAGGAGGCGAAAGCGUUCGCGUUCUAGAAUGAUUUAGUCGCGCACUUACUUUCCCCUCAAAUGUAAAAGUCAAAGCGAAAUCUAUCUUAAAUAGACUGUGUCGGUUUUUUUAAGUUUUAGUCCAAUGUAUAUUGUAUCCAUAAAGACGUAUGCACUCAUAAGCCCAGCGAUUGUUCUCCCCUUGAGUAACAUUUUUUUUCCGUUGCAACAUGUAUCAUAUAAUGAGUAAGACUUACCGGAAAUGUACCCGAUCGUGAGAAAUAGCAAGAAGAAAUCAUUAUUCGUUAUAAUAUAACCUACAAAAAAAUAAAGCAUGCGUUAAACAAAAGAUCAAGGAUAUGUGCAUAUAUUAAAUUUAAAUUAAUUACUGCAACAAAAAGAAAAAACACAGUUGGCUUGGGCUCUCGCGUGCAUCCGCGGAAUGCGCGGGCGCUGAGAGAAGUUCUAGUAGCUAUUUUAUUGCAAUAAUAAUUAAUGAUUACGUAUUAUGAGAUAUUGCGAAUCUUAGCGUUGUAUGCGAAGCGAAACAUUAUAUAUAUUGACAGUGAAAACACACAAAUACAGAGUAAAGCAGGAAGUUUGAAAACUA